AUGGAUUCAGGUGAAUUCUUCAGCACACUCCAACAAGGGGUUCUUCGUGCUCCUUCUACUCAUGAAGGCAUGUGUCACCUGAAAAAGGGCCGCAUGAUAGGUAUCAGUAGAUGCAAUAAGGGAAGUACUGAUGCUUCACUGCCCUUACUGCCACAAGAUCUUAUGUUUCCUGAAUCCCCUGGGCUAGAAAAUCAAACAGCAAUAACAGAGUUUAUCCUGUUGGGACUCUCCAAUGAUCCCCACAUAGAGGAUUCUCUCUUUUUCUUGUUCAUGAUCAUUUUUUUAGUCACCAUCCUGGGAAAUAUAACUGUUAUAUUGGUGAUCAAAUCUGAAUUUCAUCUUCAGACCCCCAUGUUCUUCUUUCUCAGCCAUUUAGCUUUUGUUGAUAUUUGGUAUUCCUCAAUCACUGUUCCCAGAAUGCUGGCAAACUUUGCAACAAAGCAGAAAACCAUUUCCUGGGAAGGAUGCAUUGCACAGGUCUUCUUCAUUUUGCAAACAGGUUGUACAGAAGUGUUUAUCCUCUCAGCAAUGGGUUAUGACCGAUAUGUGGCAAUAUGUGAGCCCCUGCAUUACAGCAGAUACUUGACCAGAGAGAUAUGCAGUAAAAUGGUGGGUGGAGCUUGGCUCCUGGGUUUCUUUUAUUCUAUGCUGAAUGCACUGCCUUUGCUAAAUCUUUCUUUUUGCAGCAACAAUAUCAUCAGACACUAUGCUUGUGAGCUUCCUUCACUCUUGGCUUUGUCUUGUACAGAUAUUCUCGCUAAUCACAUCAUUCUUCUUAUAUCGCUGUUGGCAGUUAGUGUUAGCUCAUUUCUUAUCACCCUUGUCUCUUACAUUUAUAUUAUUUCUGCCAUUAUGAAAAUUAAUUCAGCAGAAGGCAGGCAGAAAACAUUCUCCACAUGCAGUUCCCAUCUCAUUGUGGUGGGCUUAUAUUAUAUUACAGGUUUUGUUUGUUAUGUGAAGCCAAGUUCUGAAUCACUCAUGGAUCUGGACAAAGUCAUCUCUAUUCAGUAUAGCAUUUUAACUCCUAUGUUAAACCCAAUUAUAUAUAGCCUGAAAAACAAAGAGAUCAGAUCUGGUGUACAGAAACUAUUUGGAAAGUGUGGGCCCAUUCUUUACCCACCAAACAAUAUUCACAGUUUUUGA